AUGAAAAUCGACGGCCGCAGCUUUGUCAUCUCAGGCGGCGCCUCCGGCCUAGGCCUCGCCACAGCCCGCACCCUCAUCUCCUCCGGCGCCUCCGUUGCCAUCCUGGAUCUCAACGAAGAAACCGGCGCCAAAGCCGUAACCUCCCUCGGCGGCGCCCCAUCAGCCAAAUUCUUCCCCUGCGAUGUCUCUUCCACCGACUCAGUCUCCUCUGCCGUCUCCGCCGUGACCUCAUGGAUCAAGGAAAUUGGCAAGCCCCUCGCGGGUAUCAUCCCAGCGGCUGGUGUCGGCGCCCCAGGUCUGAUCCUCGACAAGCGCCUCAACCCCGUCUCCCUGGAUAGCAUCGACUUUGUCCUCAACAUUAACCUCCGGGGUACUCUUGAUGUUACUCGUCAGUUUCUGCCUCUCCUGGCCAAAUCUGAGCCCUAUGGCCCGGACAAGGAAAGGGGUGUGGUUGUCAUGGUGGCCAGCUCCGCCGCCUUUGAGGGACAGAUGGGCCAGGUGGCCUACGCGGCGAGCAAAGGCGCUGUUGCCUCCAUGACUCUGCCCAUGGCUCGGGAUCUCGCAAGAUUUGGCAUUAGAGUUGUGACCAUUGCGCCUAGCAUGUUCGACUCGGCCAUGACGGCCAUGAUGUCGGACAAGGUGAGAGAGGGCCUUCAAAAGGCCAUGGAAUUCCCGGCGAGGGCGGGUCAGCCAGAGGAGUUCGCUUCCUUGGUGAAGCAAACAAUCGAGAACGUCAUGCUGAAUGGAGUUGUUAUCCGGUUGGAUGGCGCAACCCGCAUGCCAAGUAAGCUGUAA